AUGCCGCCAAGCACGUUCAUGUCCUGGGUCACUCGGCCCAGGAUCUACGCUUACGGUAUCAUCUCAACCCUCGCUGCCGUCUCCACCGUUGGAAUCGCCUUCACCGAGCGGAGCAACUUCUACGCAGCUGUCGUCUUUCUCGGUCGAUCCAAUGGAUGUCUUUUAGUUCUGCUCAACUUCUUAUUCGUCAUAGCACUCGUCGCCGGUCGGAUACUUCAGCUGCUCUACUUCGGUCAAUUGCGGCGGAGCGAAGUCGAACUCGUCUGCGAGCGUUCGUGGUACAGCCUGGUCGGUACUCUGUUGGCAGUCUCGAUCUUUCGAGACGAUUUCAGCGUCGCCUUCGUCAUCCUGUUCGGCGUCCUACUCUUCCUAAAGAUCUUCCACUGGCUGUCAGCAGAACGAGUGGCGUCCAUCAUGCAGAGUCCUUCGGUACCACGGAUCUUUCAUGCACGAAUGAUCUCGAUCCUCUCAACCUUGCUGUUGGCAGACUUGCUGCUGGUCGGCUUCUCGCUACAAAUGCUUCUCGUCAAAAAGAUCAAGAUCGGAAUGAUGGUCCUCUUCACCUCCGAAUUCAUCAUCUUGACAGCGCUACUGUGCAACACCGUCGCACAAUACAUCCUCAACUGCAUCGAUAUGGCCAGCGAAGAGCCGUGGGAAGCAAAGUCUCUGUACGUGCUGUACGUCGACUUAGCACACGAUGUCGUCAGGCUCUGCACCCACGGAUACUUUUUCGUGCUAUUGACCAGGAUGUACGGCAUCCCGCUCUCGUUGAUCCACGACCUGUAUAGUGCGGGUAGGAGCUGUACGGUGAAGGUGAAGGCGUUGGUGAGGUACAGGCAGGCGGUGAAGAAGAUGGAGACGAAAUAUCCGAACGCAAGUGCCGCGGAUUUGAGGGCUACGGAUGGCACGUGCAUCAUCUGUAGGGAGGAUAUGGUGGCAAUCGGGGAGGAACAAGCAGAUGGAGAAGGUGGCGCUGGUGCAGGAGGGGCGGCGCCGACGGCCGCGGCGUCAGCAACGUCAGCGUCCGUGGUGACAAACGUGACCCCGAAGAAGCUUGCGUGCGGACACAUCUUCCACUUUCGCUGCUUGCGAUCGUGGCUCGAACGUCAACAGAGCUGUCCGACUUGUCGUCGGAUGAUCCUCGACGACGAGCCAGACGCACCUGCGCCUCCGCAACAGCCACCAGCACAACCAGCCGACCAGCAACAACGCGAUCCGGCAGCGACAGCAGCGGGAAGCAACACCUCCACACAGCCUUCUCCUGAUACGGGAUCCGACACGAGAACUCAAGCGGAGCAAACCUACGACGCCAGACUGCACGGAUUUCUGCAUCGACUGCAGACAGAUCUGCGAAAAGUGCGCGAAGAGGGCAACUUGUCAGCACGAUAUGCGUCAGGAUCCACCAGGCAGAGGAGGAACGCGAGCCGAAGCGGGCACACUACACCCCGCGUAUCUGGUAGGAACGAAGCGACGAGUUUCGGAUCGCUGAAUGGCGGUGGCAAGUAUGUGGGAGUCAGUGGAGGGCUUGUCGGUGGUGAGGCGGCAGGGGUGGAGAUGGCGUCGGGAGGUGGACUGUGGAUGCCACCUCCUCCAUCGACGUUGUAUGCUGCGGGUAGGGGGAGACCGACGCAGUCUAGUCGCGUACGGACAGCUGUGCCCGUGGAGAAUGGUGAUGAUGUGAAAGGGAAAGGGAAAGCACGUGCCGAGCCGACCGUUGUCGAUGACGACGACGGAAGCACGGACGAACCGACAGAUCCGGUCGAUCCGAGAGAGGCGAUUCGUCAAGCAACGCUGAAACGUUUCGGUCAACUCGCCUCCACUUCUACCACCUCCUCCGCCGCCAGCGACCCCGCGCGAUCAGUCGAACAACCAAUCUCCAUGAUCCCGCUGUUCGACCCCACCUCCAUCCCGCACUUCAACGCUGUACACGCUACAUCGCUGCCCCACCCGCUCGCCGACCCAUCACCCUCUCUUCCGGCUCACCCGGCCUCGACCACCGCUGUCGACGUCAACACCAUUCAGUCUCAGAUCACACAGCUGUCGGCGAUUCAGACGCGCAUCGAUGGGCUGAUCGUCGACCUCACCCGCGUUUUGGACGCUGUUGGCGCCUCCGGUGUUGAUCGAUUGCAGAAAGAGCAGCCACAAGGAGAGUCGCAGAAUCAGGAGAAAGGACAGAUCGACGUGGCGCAGAGUGCUCCGCAUGGCAAGGCAGAGUCGUGA